AUGCACUCCUCCAUCUUAACAACCCUCCUCCUCUCCUCCCUCCCAAUGGCCCUCUCCACGCAAUCCACCCUCUUCCAAUCCCCCCGCCCCAACGCCAACAACAAAACCCUCACCGGCAACCCCAUCUUCCCCGGCUGGUACGCCGACCCAGAGGCGCGGAUCUUCUCCCAUACCUACUGGAUCUACCCGACCUACUCCGCCACCUACGAAACCCAAACUUUCUUCGAUGCCUUCUCCUCCCCCGACCUCCUCACUUGGACUAAGCACCCGCACAUCCUCAAUCUCACCGAGAUCCCAUGGUCCACGAACCGCGCCGCUUGGGCCCCGUCCGUGACACAGUCCACCGAUGGCGAUUACUUCAUGUAUUUCAGCGCGGGAGAUGGCGCGGGCAUCGGGGUUGCGAAGUCCGUGAGUGGAAGGCCCGAGGGCCCCUUUGAGGAUGUCCUUGGGAAGCCGUUAGUGCCGGGGCCGACGGUGCUGGGAGCGCAGCCGAUUGAUGCGCAGAUUUUCAGAGAUGAAGCGGAUGCGGAUGCGGACGAGGAUGAGGAUGAGGAAGGGGAAGGUCGGGUGUGGUUGUAUUUCGGGGGUUGGAGUCAUGCGGUGGUGGUGGAGUUGGAGCAGGAUAUGGUUACGUUGAAGGGCGAUUAUUUGGAAAUCACUCCGAAGGAUUAUGUCGAGGGAUCGUGGGUGUUGAAGAGGAAGGGGGUUUAUUAUUUUAUGUAUAGCGUGGGCGGAUGGGGCGACAAUUCCUACGGCGUCAGCUACGUGACGGGACCAUCACCCACCGGCCCGUUCUCAUCAACACCGACUAAGAUCCUCCAGGGAAACGACAAAGUGGGCACCAGCACCGGCCAUAACAGCGUGUUCACGCCCGACGGCAAGAACUACUAUAUUGUGUAUCAUCGACGAUAUGUGAAUGACACAGCGCGUGAUCAUCGAGUCACAUGCAUCGAUCGCAUGGAGUUCGAUGAACAGGGGAAUAUUAAGCCGGUGAAGAUUACGACGGAGGGUGUGAAGGGGAGACCGUUGUGA